GCUACAAGGAGUAAGUUAUGCUUUCUUUAGAGGGUUAAUAAUUGACUUCAAGAUCUCUCUCUCUCUUACUAUUAUGUAUUAUAUACUUUCGAGAAUAUGCAGGACACGAAUCAAGAAAAAUAGCAACAAACAAUACCGCAGCGUACCACUGGUACAAUGGGAUUAUGUUUCAACGGGGUUUUGCUGGCAGUACCAGCGGGCGUCGAAACAUGGAACUGGACGACCGUUGCGCAGCCCUGGAGAUUAAUUAAUCUGCCCUUCAGAAGGGGAUUUCAGAUACUCACUACGGAGUACUACUACUAUUAUAGAAUACAAAUUGCGGUGAUUAAACUUGUGCGUCAAACCAAACACUGUCCCGCGCGUAGGUUGGACGUAUCCAUGGAAUUCCCGGGCAAACAUCAUGACAUGCUCCUGAAUGACCUGGAUGACCGGAAGAUUACUGCAAGAAAGAAAGAGGUUCAAAAAUAAAGAUCCUGUGUUCUAUGUCCAUUUUAGCAUUCAGGUCGGUUUACUCCAAUGAGCUAU